AUGGCUCGUGGGAAGAAGACGGCAGCAUCGCUUAAGGCGUCCACGCCGAAUGCCAACGGCGGUAACAAAGGUAGCAAGAAGACAGCAGGUGUUGCAGCGAAUAAACAGAACAAGCAGCAGGUGCAGACGCCUGCCAAGAUCAGCAAGAAACUUGUGAAGGUCAUCCAGCAGCCUCUCACGGAGCUGGAAAAGAAGACGCGUCGCUUUACGGUGGACCGAGAGAAGGAGGUGCAGAAGAUGCGUGAAGACGGAUCGCUUUCGGUGGCGUCACAGCUGCACGUAGACGACCUGUCGUCCGACGAUGAAGAGAACGUCAACACCAUCGGCAACGUGCCGCUCCGAUGGUACGAGGACUACGACCACAUCGGCUACAACGUGGACGGUAAGAAGAUUAUGAAGUCGAACAAUGGCGAUGGUAUUGACAACGCUAUCGCUGCGAAGGAUGACCCAAACUACGAUCGCACGGUUUACGACGCGUACAAUGACCGCAAAAUUGUCAUUUCGGACCGCGACAUGGAAAUCAUUCGUCGUAUGCAGGCCGGUGCUUUCGCGCACCCGGAGUUUGAGGCGUACCCUGACUACGUGGACAUCUAUUCUUCCAACAAGAUCAUCCACUCUAUGGGUAACGACCUCGAGCCUAAGAGUCGAUUCCUGCCGUCGAAAUGGGAGCGUAUGAAGGUCAUGAAGAUCAUGAAGGGCAUUAAGGAGGGUCGCAUUAAACUUGACCAGGAACCCGAAAAGAAAUCCGAGGUCUACCAGAUGUGGUUUGACGACGACCAAGCGCAAACUCGCAAGGGUCCAGCCCAUGUGCAGGCGCCAAAGAUGCCGCUUCCUGGACACAUCGAGUCGUACAACCCCCCAGAUGAGUACCUUUUCACCAAGGAAGAGCGUCGCGCUUGGGAAGAAGCCGAUCCGGAGGACCGUGAGACGAAUUUCAUGCCGAAGAAGUUCAAGUCGCUGCGCGAGGUGUGUGGAUACGGCGGCUUUGUACGUGAACGCUUUGAGCGCUGUUUGGAUCUGUACUUGGCUCCUCGUGUCAACAAGCGUAAGCUGAAUAUCGACCCAGAGUCGCUGGUGCCGGAGCUGCCGAAGCCCCAAGAUCUACGUCCGUUCCCCAACACGUUGGAGCUGGUCUUCAAUGGCCACACCGGUCGUAUUCGCUCGCUGGCUGUGGAUCCGUAUGGCCAGUACGUGGCCUCGGGCUCGGACGACUUCACUGUCCGCAUCUGGGAGCUUGAAACUGCACGUUGCCUGCAUGUUUACAACGUUGGUGCAGUGGUGCACAAGUUGUCGUGGAAUCCGAACAAGGACCACCAGCUGCUAGCCGUGGCUGCUGCCAAGAAGGUCUUUAUCAUUUCCACCGGAACUGGUAGCGCAGACCAGACAGAACUUACCAAUGCGCUUGUGGGCGAUGCCAGUGACAGCAUCCAGACAGAUAGCGCUGAUGGUGACGUUCAGGUCGUUGAUGAAGAUGAGGCUACUGUGGAGGCCGACGCACUCAAGAAAAAGGUGCCGGUGACUUGGCGGUUCUACAGCGGCACGAAGGACAAGCACAAGUCAAAGAAGGCGGAGCGGCCGUGGCUGGAGCGCCGUGUAGGCUCUGGUAUUCGUGUUGUGCUGCACCACACGAGCGACGUGAAGGACGUGGCAUGGCACUACAAGGGCGACUACCUUUCUACAGUAGCCCCCGGCGCUGGCUCUGGGGCAGUGCUGAUCCACCAGCUCUCGAAGAGGAAGACCCAGAACCCGUUCCAGAAGAGCGUGGGCCAGGUGCAGUGCGUGCUGUUCCACCCGUCCAAGCCAUUCUUCUUCCACGCCACGCAGCGCCAUGUGCGUGUGUACAACCUCGUGAAGCAAUCGAUCGUUAAGAAGCUGUCUUCAGGUGUCAAGUGGAUUUCGAGCAUGGCGGUGCACCCGAACGGUGACCACCUGCUUGUGGGUAGUUACGACCGGCGGUUGUGCUGGUUUGACCUGGAUCUGUCCUCUAGACCGUUCAAGACGCUCAAGUACCACGAGAAAGCUGUACGCGACGUGUCGUUCCACGCCAAGUACCCGCUCAUGGCUUCUGCCUCGGAUGAUGGCACCAUUCACAUCUUCCACGCCAUGGUCUACUCGGACUUGAUGAAAAACCCGCUGAUCGUGCCACUUAAGAUCCUACGCGGUCACGAGGUGUCAGGCGGUCUUGGUGUCAUGGCGCUGGCCUUCCACCCUCCGUGGGUGGUGACAGGCGGUGCCGACGGCUCCAUUCGCCUGUUCCAGAACAUUCACUAA